AUGAAACUCGACAUCCUGAAGUUCCUGGCCUUGUGCCUGGCCACCACCGCCUCAGCUGAUGCUAUCGAGGAGAGACAGUUGAAUCUACCCCUUACCUCAGCCCUCAACCCAGUGACCUCACUCGUCGGAUCAAUCCUCAGCCCAGUAGUUUCCUCGAGCUCGAUCAGACUAUCGUCGUCCUCCAUCAGAGUCUCGGCCAGCGUCUCGGCGGGUGUCUCUGCAAGCGUACCGACCAUAUCGGCGAGCGUCUCGGUAGGCGUCUCUGCCAGCGUCUCCGCCAGCAUACCGACCAUAACGCCCAGCGUCUCGGCGGGUGUGUCGGUGAGCGUGUCCGUCAGUGUUCCCACGAACAUCGUGAGCGGGACCAUUGGCUUGUCGGCAAACCCCCUCUUCUCCAGCCAGGUCGGCGCAUCUGCCACGAUAGCCCUCUGCGUGCCUGCUGCCAGCCCUCUCCUCAAUGUGCCCGCGCUGUCGACAGGGCUGGGCUCCGUCACAACAGCCAUCAACAAGGCCGCGAACCCAGUCGUGGCCUCAAAUCCACUGUUGGGCCCACUCAGCCCGUUGGUAUCGACGACACUGACAUCCACGCAACUUCUCGCCGACUUGGGCUCCAUAAACACCCUUCUCAACGUCAACGUCCUCGGAAUAUUGGCUGCUGUCAGUGCCGGGGGUGGUUGCCUUUCGGUCGGCGUCCAGCUCGACAUCUGUCAACUGGUUUUCCAGCUGAUUGAUGCUGAGGAGAGGCUGCUCACCACUGUACAAAACGCAUGCAUCAACCGAAUCGGCGUGCUCUGCAGCCCCCUCAGUCUCGAUGUCAACCUGGUACUGCAGCAGCUAGUCGCGGUGCAGAUCACGAUUGACCAGGUGAUACAGACCCUAAUCAGCCUGGACGUCUUGCCCGAGUGCCGUCAGAAGAUGCUCGACCGCCAGAGCGACCUUAAGGGCACCAUAGCUGGUACCGUCUACACCCUGGCCAACCUGCCCAAUGUCGUUACCACGAACGUAGGCAAUCAAGUUGUCCAGGCGCUUGGCAUCACGGGCGGGUUCAAUGGACCUGUCUUCCAGAGUCUUGCGGGAUAUCCGAACAGGAAGCGGGGUAUUAUCCUAAUGAGGAGGGUUAAUCGAUUACCGGCGGAUGAGGAGGAUGGUGACGAUGAUUGGGAUGAUGAUACUGAGGAUGAUGAUGGUGAUGAGGAUGAGAUCUAG